AUGAGAUUCCUCAUCAUCCUUCUUUUGGCUCUAUUGGCUGUCACUGCUCUUGGUAAGAUGACAAUUUUUAAAUUUAAAAGCAUUUUAUAAAAUAAAAGACGAUAUUAACUUUUCGUAAACUUUAGUAUAGUAUUUAAAGUUUUAAUAGUGCUAUAUUACCUAAUAUAGGAGCCGCCCACCACGGUAAGAAGCCAGCCCACCAUCCCCCAGCCCACAAAGGACCAGCUCAUAAAGCGCCAGCUCACAAAGCCCCAGCCAAAGCCGGUACUAAAGCUCCAGCUGGAACUGGUGCCACUUCAGCUGCCAAGACUACUGAUGCUGCUGCGGCCGUUACUACUGUCAAGGCUUCUUAA